CUCGUCGCUUUUCGUUUUUUCUCGCGUACAGUUGUGAGUUCUCGAGAGUCUGUCUGCCUGUCUCUCUCUCUCUCUCUCACUCUUUUUUUUUGUCAACAUAUAAAUGCAAAAGUUGCAUUCGAUGCAAUGCGAGUAAUCGGUCCGUUUGCAUUUGUGGCGUGGAAUCGCGAGGAGGCGUGCUACGACGAUGCUAGAUCAUCGAAGUAAGGACGAUCUAGCCACUUCGUGCCGUGUGUGAGUGCCAACGUCGAUAUUCCUCGUUGUUUCGAACAAGUGGAAAGAAGUGUCGAGUGGGAGAUUCGCCACCGUAAUUGCUUUCGUUCGGUUUCCGUUUGAUUCUAUCUGAUCCUUCUUUCGAGCUCUUCGUUGUUCAUCUCUGGUACACCAAACCAAGCACGUCCCGACCAAUCUUGACUUCAACGUUCUCAUCUGCCAUCGCUUUUCUUUGUAAAACGUCAUUAGCACGCCUCGUCAUCAACUCCAGUCCUGCGAAACAUGGAUUUUGUCAUUUUAAAGGUAAAUGGUCAAGAUGUAUCGAACUCGAGUCACGAAGACGCAGUGCGUUGCUUUCAAUCGGCCCAAGAACCGAUCAUCGUCGAGGUAUUGCGACGACAGCCAACUCAACAGCAACAACAGCAACAGCAUAGUCAGCGAACCGGAUGGAAGGAACAGGAGAGUCGAAGCACAGAACCGGAGAAAGAAUGGGAGAGAACGGCCGAAGGUGGCAAUAAACGCGAUCAACACGCCAUCAACACUUGUCCGAAUCUGGUGUCGACCGCGGUACAGACCGACUGGGCUGGACUUCUCGAGACCGAGGAAGAAGAACUGCUGCCGGUGGUCGACGAGCAGCCAAACGACAGUUUCGAGGACUUUCUCGCGCACGACAUCGAUUUCGAGGAGGUGACGUUGCGGAAGGCGGGCAGCGCCGAGAAGCUAGGGCUCACGGUGUGUUACAGUUCCGGAUCCGGCAGCGAAGACGCCGACACCGAGGUCUACAUCUCGGAAAUAGUUCCUGAAAGUCUGGCAGCGCGCGAUGGCCGAUUGCGAGAAGGCGACCAAAUCUUGAGGGUGAACGGAAAGGACGUGGCGAACAAAGAACAAACGGAGAACCUGUUCGCCGAAACGAAAAACGCCGUGACCAUUCUCGUCAGUCGAUGUCUUUAUCAGGAGGACGAUUACAAGGAGAGGCGCGUGUACCCUCGGGGAUCGCCGCUGCUUUCGCCGGACCAUCUGCCUUCCUAUCAGAACAGCCUGAUCGAGCAGCUGAUUCGACAGCAGCAACAGCAGACGGAGGAACGGACCAAAGACACGGAAGAGGACUGUUCGACGUUGAGGCCGCCGCCGCCACCGCCUCCACCGGUGCCCUGUCACACGCUUGGACAUCAAGCAAACAACAACACCCCUUCUUCGAGCUGUUCUUCCCAAACGUCGCAAAAAUCUUCCGGUAGAAACGCUGCGUCGCCUGCGCGACACGCGGAUCACGAUCGCAAACAGUGGAUGCAGGAGACGUUGAAGGAUUGCUCGAAGAAGAUGGAGGGUCUCUGUGUGCGCGGUCAAUCGCAAACAGGUUGCGGAGGCGGAGGCGGAGGAGGAGGAGGAGGAACGAUCGCGGUUAGGUUGGCAGACGCUUACUCGAAUCACGUGUGGAGCGAAACAGAACACAUCUACGAGACUAUACCAGAGUCUGACAGCGAACCGAUCUACUCAUCGCCGUACGAACAUCACAGACAUUGGCAUCAUGCGAAUCAUACUUCUAGCGUGGUCGCUACUGCGCAGCCAACCAUCACCACCGUCCCUCCGCCACCGACGACCAUCGUCUCUACCAUCGCGAUCGCUAUCACGACUACUGCAAAUACCACCACGUCGAACACGGUAAUUCAAUACUCGCAGAACCAAGCGAACCAGAGUGGAAGAUGGUACUGUUCGUCGAAGAGCAACAGCUCGGGCGAGGAGAAGGAUAGCUCGAGCGCGUACAACACCGGAGAAUCCUGCAACAGCAAUCCGCUCACGUUAGAAUUGCAACGCGGUGAAAGGGAUCAUCAUAAAAGUACACUGGUGCUUUGCCCCCCGAAAGCGUUGGCUGUACAGCAACAACAGCAGCAGCAGCAGCAACAACAGAGGCUCGGUUGCACGUGCCCCGCGUUCACCAACAGACAGACAAGGAACCAAUCGAACAAGAGAGGCUCGAGUUCUCAUUAUUACAGAGAUCGUGCGACGGAUCCAACUAACUUGCCUGCGGAUACUAUGUACACGAACAUGGCUAACCUUCAGCAAACGAUGCUUCUGCAACAGCAGCUGUUCAAGCAGGCUCUCGACCGGAGAAACUCGACCAUCGGUGGAUCUAGAGAGAGCAGCAGCGUUACCGCGGUUGCUGCCGGUGGCACUGCGAAAAAGUCCAGGUCUCAUGGUAAUUUUCAAGCACCGAAUUUGACUCGGUACCAGUUUGUCGGCAGUCAACAGGUGUGCGCGUCCAGUUCCUGGAUACCCCCGGAGGACAAAGCGAACGACGUGCAGAUGGAGUGGAAAGUGAAGAGGAGAGCGGACGGAACCAGGUACAUCGCUCGGAGGCCAGUCAGGAAUCGCAUUCUGAGAAAUAGGGCGAUCAAAAUAUCGGAAGAGCGAGCCGGUCACAGCACGGAAGACGACACCAUGUCGGAAGUGAAGGUUGGCAGAUACUGGACCAAGGAGGAACGUAAGAGACAGCUGGAACGUGCUCGCGAACGCAAACAGAGACAACAAGAACUUCAGCUGCAGCAACAGCAACAACUUCAACAACAGCAGCAACAACAGCAACAACAGCUUCAAAUGCAGCAGACCAACGAAUUGUUGACGUGCGAGCACGGCGAGCACGAGAAGCUUCCGAAGAAACCGUUGAAUAUCGUGGAACUGAGUCACAAAAAAAUGGCUCGUAAAAAGAACACCCUGGACGAUUUCACUACCGUUCAGGAGAUGUUGGUUCAUGGAAACAGAAUCGGUAGCGCGGGAGGUCCCGGUACCGGUGGCAAACUGAUGGGUCUUCUUUCGGUAACGACCGUUUGAACCGUAUGACCCGCGAUAUCCAAGGAAACGACGAAAAGUAACUUUUUCCUUGUUCCUGCGUGUUUCCUUUUGUCGCGUUAUAUUUGUCUUGCCACGGAUGAUCUCGUCACUGUUCGAUCGUUUUUCAGGUUCCGUAAUUAUAAUCAAACUUGUAAUUAUAUAUUUGAUCCACACGUUAUCCUAUCACCGCUCCACGAGUUUCCAUUCCUCCUUGCGCGUCGAUCUCGUCGUUUCAUUUUCGUGUUAUAGGGCUACGAAAACCAUGAGCGAGCAGCUUUAUCUCGUUUUCAAUUCGCAGUAACUGAAGCGAGUCGUGUAAUGCUCGUGUCGUGGAAGUAGCGUAAAUACGAACAAGGUUGUACAUAUUUUUCGUAUAACGAUAUAAUAAAUGUAUGUAGAUUAUUUUACACGAGCUGAAACUUUUGCAGACAAAGAAAAUAGAACGAGUACGCUUUUGUAGAUAUGUACAAUAAACGUAACGAUGGUAUGAAUAAA